AUGGCACCCAAGGCGCUCAUUCCUGUGGCCAACGGCAGCGAAGAGAUCGAGACCGUGUGCCUCCAAGACGUGCUGGUCCGUGGCGGCGUGCAGGUCACGCUCGCGUCCGUGACCAGCGACAAGCUCGUCAAGAUGUCGCGCGGACUCCAGAUUCACGCCGACGCGGUCCUCGACGAGUGCGUCGAGACGGCGUACGACUUGAUCGUGCUCCCUGGGGGCCUCCCGGGUGCCAACCAUCUCCGCGACUGCCCAACCUUGAUCGAGAUGCUGCGCAAGCAAAAGGAGAGCGGCAAGUACUACGGCGCGAUCUGCGCGGCGCCGGCCGUGGUUCUGCACACACACAACCUGCUCGUGGGCCCUUCGGCGACGGCGUACCCAGCCUUUGCCGACAAGAUGCCCAACACCGUGUACGCGGCCCAGCGCGUCGUCGUGCACGGCAACUGCAUCACGAGCCAAGGCCCUGGCACGGCGAUGGAAAUGGGCAUCGAGCUCGUGCGCUUGCUGCAAGGCGACGAGACGGCCAAGGCGGUCGCGGCCGGCCUCUUGUUUGCGUCGUAG